CAAAUAAACAAUCAUACAGCUAGCGACAGUGCCAAUCGGCUACAUCACUCUAUAUUUACCAUUCAUUAUUAGUUCGUCCGUCAGCACUUGCAUUAACAUGGUGGUGCAUUGCCACUAGCCGUGUUUUUCUUCUUUUACAUACGGGCGGGGAUAGUGCGCUGGAAAGAAUUACGAAAGCUGCCCAAACGCUUGAACGCUUACAGGGGCGUGAAGAAGUGAAGCAUUAGAAAUUCGUUCGAUGCGUAUGGAAAAGGGCAAAUAUCGCAAAUGUCAAAGUGAGGCGAAAAAUCGUAUCGAAUUUUUUUUUAGUUCCUUCUACCGCCUUCAUCUAUCUAUCUGCCCUCGGAACAUACAUGGAUUCUCAAGUGAAUGCGUGCUAACGAGACGCAGAUUAGAUUAGAGAUUCAUUCGGUGAAGUAAUUCUAGUGCGUCAGUGUACGGUUUCUGCCGUUCGGGCUGUAGAAGGUGGUGCAGAGAAAUUCUCUUUGUUUCUGCCAAUUCUGCACGCACGAAUCACACGGUCGUCGACGGGCCAGUGGUGGUUACGGACGGGGAAGGAAGUGGUGUUCAGUGUGCAGGCCUGCAAUCGCAGUAAAUUGGCAACAGUCGCACCAACACAUAACUUCGACCAAGUGUAGUUUCUAUCGUGCGUGCGUGUGUGUGUGUGUCCCCUGGCAGGCUGCAGUCCGGAAGUUGCAAUGGACGGGGAAUCGGAAAAACAGCCGCUCCUGAAGCAAUCACAGCAACAGCAACAAUCCCAAGAUUCAGGAUCAGUGCAACCGGUCGUGAACGCAUCCCCCAUCGGUCCGGACGAGGUACCACCCUCGUAUCAACAGGAGCAACAGAAUAGUAUUAUAGUGACGUGCCGCGUAUGUCAGGCACUGAUCGACAUCUCCUGGAAAAAGGAACAACAUGUCGUCAAGUGUUUGCAGUGUAACGAAGCAACGCCUAUUCGAAAUGCACCGGCCGGCAAGAAGUACGUACGGUGCCCGUGCAAUUGUUUGCUGAUUUGCAAGAGCUCUUCCCAGCGGGUGGCCUGCCCGAGGCCCAACUGCAAACGUAUUAUUAAUCUGGCCCCGAGCCCGGUCACACCACCAUUGCUACCAAUGCCCGGCAUGUGUCGCGUUACCUGUGGUCACUGUCACGAUACAUUCUUGUUUGAUACGUUGAAGAACAAUCUGGCGAGAUGUCCGCACUGUCGCAAAGUGUCUUCGGUCGGGGCCGACUUUUGCCGUAAGCGACGCAAUCUACAUUUCCUUGGUGGAAUUAUAUUUUUGGCAAUCGGUAUCGGCGUUACAUUUGCCACCUAUACCUACGUGAGGGAUUAUAGUGGAAUAUUUGUGGCAUACAUUAGCCUUUAUCUCAUCUCUUUGCUGCUGUUUGCAAAGACGGUUUACUACUGUUCGCUGAAGAUUAGCAACAUUGAUGGACCGUUCACAAAUGUGGCAUCUUAAGGGACCGUACCACGAACAAACAUUCCGGAAUGAAAAAAGGGCCCGUGCACAUGCCUCCUGUAUUUGUGGCGGUGUGGCGAAUGCACGAGGGACGAAAGGGAGGGGGUAUGCAUGGUGAUAAACGGUAGGGGUAACAUACAAAAAAAAACUCCCCGAUGCUGAUUCAAAUGUGUGAGGCGUUUGGCACUGGUGAAAAAAUAGAUACAUGAGAAAGGGGCUCUUUGUUUUAGUACACACUAAAGAUCGACCAAAAUUGAAGGCAAAAGUCAGCAGACACACUUUACGUGAUUAAGAAGGGGUUGAGUAGAACAGUUGCGACUGCAAAGCAAACGUUUAAUCAAAAUCAAUUUCGUUAGGUCGAUUAAGCAGAGGAAGGUUGAUCGCAAAACAGUGCGAAUUCGUACCCGAGAAAGUGUCGUAGAAGGUUAGACAUUACUAUUAGGUCGAUAGGUAAAGAGGGAAGUGAACUGUGGCGUAAUGCGCAACAACACGUGUUGUACUUCACCACCGAAUGUAUGAUGAAUUUUGUAUCAAUUGUAUGUGCAGUUAUCUGCUUGUGUUUGUGUUGAGUGUUUCCUACAGCCCCUGCCAAUCGGUAUCUUCCUCUUUUUGGUUAUUGAUUACCGCUUCUGGGAUGGUUUGCUGUCCUUUCAAUGUAUGUGUUGUGUUUUUUUUUUAUAUAAAGUUUAUACUGUCAUGAUUUUUUUAUCGCACUUAUAGCCCAAGCAUAUAUAUAUUAUGAUUUAAUAUGAUUGUAUAAAACGUAAGCUGAAUAGAAAAGGAAUGCAAAACGUGAAGGAAAGCUUAUCUUCACAAUAUAAAUACAAUAACAGGCAUAAUGUAGUGCUAAAGUUAAAAAGAAGUCAGCACCAAUACGAACCGCUCCAUGAUUGUGUACUACUUUGUUGGCCAUGAGACGAAUCAAUGAGAGGCUUGUUUGAUAAAAAGCAUGAUCGGUGAAACGAUCCACGAUCAAACCCAUGAAGACCCUUGAAGGGAUGCGAUUUGAUUGAAUGCUGUUGUUAGGUAAAUGGCGUAACAAAAUUGGAGUGUUUUCACCAACAGUUGAAAAAUUUCGCCGAGAGCGAGAGAGGGUCAGGGAGAAACCCUCGUAUUCAUCCAUAUAUACAUAUGAAACAUACAUUCAUACAUUUACCUUUCAUACCGUGCUCUAAGGAUGCCGUAUAUGUAAUACUAGUAACAUAAACAUAUAAUUGGAAAGGAGAUUCACAAGGGUGCGGCUUGUGCGAUGUUGUAACUGAACGAAUGCAUUCUUUCCUUCAGUAUCUAGCGGCAAGCUGAUCAUAAUGGCUGGCAUACACGAAACACACACACACACGGAACACAGUGGUUAUUAGCUAAUGUUUUACUAAAGAUUGAACAUAUUUAAGUUACGUAUCGAACGCGAACCUGUAAAUCGUGCCACCAGCAGCCCUACAGAACGUUGUCUACAACCAAUGUUAAUCUUCUUGAUAAAUGUACGCUAACCCGCUGUUCUAAUUAUGAUAUUAGUUAUGGAAAACCUUUGCACAUAACAACUGGGUAAUGUAAAAGCUAAUGGACAGAUUUACAAAGUGUAAGAAUCAAAGGUUGGGUGGGUUUGUUAAGAACGGUACCAAACGUCUCGAAGGCUUUACGUUUGAAGCUGGACAGAUUUCCAUUCAAUAGAUGGGACGAACCCCGUAAGUAUAUUGUGUUGGUAAAAUUUGUGACAAAGCAUACGAACAAGCGAGCAAAAACAAAGCACGGGAUGGUGUCGAUAGACGUGCAGGGAGACGGUAACGAACGGGAUACACGAACCGAUACAGUUAUAUAAAAUACGCUUUCCACAUUUCUCACUAGUAGGUGACGAGCUCUGCUGUGAGCUGUAUAAUGCAAUGAAGCAGAAAUAAAGGCAAUUUAGAUACGAUACAAUAAUAA